CACUCACGCACACACGAAUUCCCCACCUUCCAUAUUCAACCAAUUUCAUUCGUGGAAAAUUUUGCUCCUGGUUUGAACAUUAUUCCUCUUCUUCUUUAUGCAGAAAGUGAUUAAGGUCUAUUAUUUUAGUAAUAAUAUUACGCGAUCGACUGCGGAUUAAGCUUAAAUAUGGGUAUAAUGAGAAGGAUACCUGCAGGGAUUUUGGUGAUAAGAAGCAUUAGGGGGAAAGAUUGGAGUUUGAAAACGUAUAGAUAUCUCACCCUCUUUGUUACAUUUGUUGCAUACACUUCAUACCAUGCAUCGAGAAAACCUAGUAGCAUUGUAAAAAGUGUGUUGGAUCCUCCUCGCCAUGGCAAUCACUCCAACUCCAAUACUAACGUUCCCCCAUGGCCAUGGCCGAUGGGAGACCUUUUCAUCCCCAAAAUGAAUGAUACUUAUUUGGAUGAUGGAUGGGCUCCAUUCAACGGGAAAGACGGCACUUCAAAAUUAGGGGAAAUAGAUGUUGCAUUUCUAGCGGUUUAUUCAUUAGGGAUGUAUGUUGCUGGUCAUUUAGGAGAUACUUUGGAUCUUCGAUUGUUCUUGACAACUGGGAUGAUCGGGAGUGGAAUCUUUGUCGCAUUAUUCGGGAUGGGUUACUUUUGGGAUGUUCAUCAUUUUUGGUAUUUUCUAGGGAUGCAAAUGGUUGCCGGAUUGUUUCAGGCCACCGGCUGGCCAUCGGUGGUGGCAGUGAUCGGUAAUUGGUUUGGUAAAAGGCGGAGGGGAUUGAUAAUGGGGAUUUGGAAUGCUCAUACAUCUGUCGGCAAUAUCAGCGGUUCUCUUCUUGCCGCCAGUGUUCUUGAUUACGGUUGGGGGUGGUGCUUUAUUCUUCCGGCAGCUUUUAUCGUGGCAGCCGGAGUCAUGGUGUUUUUGUUCUUGGCUGCUUAUCCAGAAGAUGUAGGUUUCUUGGAUCCAAGUGACUCUUCUCCAAAUGCGAGAGGAUCGAUUCAUGAUGAUAAUAUGAUAUGGGAAGAGGGUACAUCCAAUGACGAGGAGGCCCCCGUUCCUCACAUUCAUUCUGUUAAUCGAAGAGGCGUUGGUUUUGUUGGAGCUUGUUUCAUUCCUGGAGUCAUUCCGUUUUCAUUAUGCCUUUUCUUCUCAAAACUUGUUGCAUACACAUUUCUCUUUUGGUUGCCUUUCUAUCUAAGCCAGACAGAGAUUGGUGGAGAGCGUUUAUCAGUAAAAUCGGCUGGAAACUUGUCAACUUUAUUCGAUGUCGGGGGAAUCUUCGGUGGAAUUUUAGCCGGAUAUAUUUCUGAUAGGCUCAAGGCGCGUGCCACCACCGCCGCAACUUUUAUGUACGCCGCCAUCCCAUCAAUGCUUCUAUAUAGAACUUAUGGAAACAUCUCAAAGACCAUGAACAUUAUCCUGAUGAUAAUUGCGGGCCUGUUUAUAAAUGGGCCUUAUGCCCUGAUCACCACCGCGGUGUCUGCCGAUCUUGGGACACAUAGUUCUUUGAAAGGCGAUUCACGGGCCUUGGCAACCGUGACCGCUAUUAUUGAUGGCACUGGUUCUAUCGGGGCAGCUUUAGGUCCGCUUUUGACUGGAUUUCUUUCUACAAAAGGGUGGGAUGCGGUCUUCGCGAUGUUGAUGAUUGGUGCCUGUAUCGCGGGUCUACUCUUGACUCGCCUUGUUUGUACUGAACUCACAGAGAGGACGGCCUUGACAAGUCCACGUCCACGAAACAAUGUUGAAGCUCCUUUAUCUCAAUCACUUUUACGUGACGGGAGGAGUAUUUAUUGCAAUGUUGUCAUCUUCACCUUUACCGGCGGUCCGACAGUGGUAUACCGAGUAUACCGAGUAUACAGAUGUGUAUUGACAAAGAGUGGAGAGUGGAGAGUUCUGUCAAAAAUCGGAUGCUACAAUUGUCGUUCUGACGAUGUCAAUGCCAUAUGCGAUGUCAGUAACCAUGGUCGAAUACCAGGAUUCGGUAUGAAGGAAGAAUCGGAGAAGACGGCGGAGGUAAAGAGACGGCGACAAUGGUCGACAGGAAAGAGACGACGACAAUGGUGGUUCGUCGUUUCUGAUGGUGGCGACGAUCAAUCCGAUGAGAAAGGGUGGAGAGUAGUAGCUUUCAAUGAGAGUGUAGAGCGUGGAUUGACAGAGAUACUAUAG